AUGGCUUCAGGAAUCGCCGAGGCUGACUUGCUCAGCUUUCGUGAGCAUCUCAAGAAAUCAAAGCGUAUCCUUGCUCUGGUCGGUGCUGGACUUUCCGCCGCUUCUGGCCUCCCUACUUUCCGAGGGGUAGGCGGGUUAUGGCGGUCUCAUCGGGCGCCAGACCUGGCGACUCCAGAAGCGUUUGGUGUUGACCCAGGCCUUGUGUGGCAGUUCUACAGCUAUCGACGACAUAUGUCGCUGGUGGCGCAUCCAAAUAAGGGACAUUAUGCCCUCGCAGCAUUGGCGAGGAAGAACCCCCAUUUCUGGACUCUGACUCAGAACGUUGAUGGUCUAUCAGAACGGGCUAACCACCCAGAGUCUCAGCUCCACCGUCUUCAUGGCUCCCUGUUCACGGUGAAAUGCUCCUCGGAAUACUGCACCUACUCGCGGGACAACGAUUUCCAGGAUCCCCUUGUUCCCUGCCUUGCGAUCCCCAAAGCAGGAAACCAACUAAACCCGUCUACAGAGGAUAAUACUGGCGAACAGGCUGCCAAGGCUAUCCAUGCUGCUUUGGAUGAAAAGGUAGCCGCCACCGGUCCGUCAUGGUCUCCCGCCGGUGAAGAUUUAGAUAUUUCGGAUGAAGCGGUCCCCAUCCCUCAUCUGACAGAAGCAGAUCUACCACAUUGUCCACAAUGCUCAAGCGCACUUCUACGACCUGGAGUCGUCUGGUUUGGCGAAGAACUUCCCGAUGAUACGCUAGACGGUAUUGAGAAAUUCCUUGAUGAGGGGCCAGUUGAUUUAGUGCUGGUUAUCGGAACAAGCGCACAAGUCUUCCCAGCUGCAUUGUAUGUUGAACACGGGAGAGAUAGGGGGGCUCGGGUAGCGGUGAUCAAUAUGGAUGCGACUCAUGUUCCGCAGUCAGGGCUAUACGCAACAGAUUGGCUAUUCCAGGGUGAUGCUAGCGUUAUUCUUCCGGAGAUCCUGAAAGAUAUCAUUGGUGACCUCUAG